AUGCGCCUCGCAACUGCCAAUUCCGUGGGGGACACGUGCCACGGCGCCGGCGCCGUCUUGGGUGAGUGUCUUUUGGGCGUCGCAGUGCAGAGCCUGACACCACAACCGCCGGACGCAGCUGUGCAAAUGCGGUUGGGCGGCCUCAGAGCUGCGAUUGGGGAUCGGGUGCCACAAGGCGCCUGCGUCACGGGCUGGCCUCCCUUUUUUUUGUUGGGGAACUUCUCAAAAAAAGGCAAACAGGCUGCCCGCCCGCACCGCCCCCGCCUCUGGUUGAGGGAGGCGCACCGCUGGGAGGUCUGCCGCUGCUGUGCGGCUUUUAUGCGUGUUUGGCUGUGGUCUCCCGCUGCUGCCUUUUUAUUCGUUCCCUCUGCACUCCCGCUCCCUCUUUCUUUAUUUCUCCCUCCCGCUGCCCCGCAGCCCACCAAGUCGGCUGUGCCCCUACCACCACUGCGACCGAUGGCGAUGACGCUGACAGUGCGGCGCCGUGCGGUGUGCGCCCUGGCGCUCCUCGCGCUGCUCUGCGCCUCCGUCUGCGGGGCGACUGCGGCGGAGGCUGCGACUAAAGUGUCGGUGGAGGUGUCAUGCCCGAACACUGACGGCAAGUUGAGUUGGCGCGUUGCCGGCGAGAAAUCGCCCACUUGGAAGGAGUGUCCUCAGGCGGUGACGGGUGCGGGGAGCAUUGAAAGCGCCGUCACUGUCUCUCAUGCCCUCUGCUUCGUGGCCGGAUCGGUGUACCUGGGGGGGUUCCCGAAUGUGAAGUGCCCUUCACCCCCAACGGAGGGCGGAGGCGCUGCUGCGUUUGCGUUGUCCUGCACGGCGGCCGCAAACAGUGCGUUGCACAAUCUGUCGAAGGGCGAAACAGUUGCCAUCAGUCCAACUGAGAAUCCACUUGGCGAGUCCGGCGAUUGUGAGCUCCCAAACUUCAACCAACCCGCGGCUGAGGUACGGUCUACAUCACAACCGCAGUAA